CCAUGCUGCCUCCCUCCGUGGUGCUGCUGAACCACAAUGGGCAGGACCGUGUGAGGGAGCUGCCCUGUCAGUGCGGCACGGACGCGCCUCAGCACCACCGAAACCACCGCGCCGGGACGCAGGAGCGGAAUAUGGCACGCGUCUGAGAGGGGGAAAGGUCAAUGUGGCUACUAAAUCAGCUAUCUGGGGUAGUUGUCAGUCGCUGCGGAUUCCUGAGGCCCGUCUCUAUAGCAACCCCUUCCUCCUCCUGAGCGCUGCUGGCAACUAACCCUCUCUGCCACUCGACGGUCGCUCCCCAGCCCCCUGGCCAAUAGCCAGCUCCGUACUGCGCUGGAAUGGACACCGAGUCGACCCACUCGGGCUACUCUUAUCACUCCAGCCGCUCGGGGAGAUCGAACCGGCACGGCGAUCGAAGCCGUGAGCGGCACAAGGCGAGCAGCAGCAAAGACAGCACGCGCUCCGAGAGGUCCGUCGUCAUCAACCCCCCCGACACGCCCUCGCAGGACUCCCCCGUUCACAAUGGAGAGCCGCUGCCAGGAGAGCCCACGUCCACAGCAGACCAGGAGGACGAGGGCCAGGACGAUAACUGGGGGGAAACCACCACCGCGGUGACGGGCACCUCCGAGCUGAGCAUUUCCCAGGAGGAUGUGGUCGGACUCGGGAAGGAAAUGCAAGACCGGACCCGAGGCUUCCGGCGUUACCUUCCGCUGGCCGUGGGCUCGUUUGUGGCGCUGAUGGUGCUGGCCACUCCCCUGGCCUUCCUGCUCCUUCCGGUUCUAAUGUGGCCCGACAGACUGCAGGCUUGUGGCGCCGCCUGCGAGGGCCUCUUUCUUUCCAUCGCCUUCAAGCUCCUCAUCCUCCUCAUGGCCAUGUGGGCCUUGUUCCUCAAGCCGGGCCGCGCGAGCCUGCCCAGAGUGUGUGUGUACCGCGCCUUCCUCACCACACUCACACUCCUGCUCACCAUGUCUUAUUGGCUCUUCUUCGGGGUCCGGAUCCUUGAUGCGCAGGAUGAGGACUACCAUGGGAUAGUCCAGUUUGCUGUGUCCCUCGUGGACUCCCAGCUGUUUGUCCACUACCUGGCCGUGGUGCUAAUGGAGCUACGUCACCUCCAGCCCUGCUACACCGUGUGUGUCAUACGCUCCACAGACGGAGAGACGCGCCAAUACAACAUAGGACAGCUGAGUGUUCAAAAGGCUGCUCUGUCCAUUUUGGAGUAUUACUACAGAGACUUCCCGCUCCACAACCCGGCCCUUCUGUCCGCCUCCAAACACCGGGCCGCCAAACACCUGGCCGGGUUGAAGGUCUACAACGUGGAUGCCCCAGGGAGCACUGCAGGAGCGCAGCCUGGUAACGGGAAUCAGUCACGAGCGAUGGUCACAGCUGCCGCCAAACGCAAAGACAGCGCCCACAACGAGCUGUACUACGAGGAGGCUGACUACGAGAGAAGAGUCCGUAAACGUAGAGCCAGGCUGGUGGUGGCUGUGGAGGAGGCCUUCACACAUGUCCGCCGGAUGAAGAAAGAGGAUGAGCAAGCCACGCCGUCCGACAUCAUGGAUGUGCGUGAGGCAGCUCUGGCUAUAUUUCCCUCCAUGGCCAGGGCCCUGCAGAAGUACCUCCGCACCACCAGGAGGCAGCACUGCCACAGCAUGGAGAGCAUCCAGACGCACCUCGCAUUCUGCCUCGUCAACAACAUGAGUCCUAAGGCCUUCCUUGAGGCCUACCUGGCCCCUGGUCCGACCCUGCAGUACGGCCCUGAGCGCUGGAUGGCCGACCAGUGGACUUUGGUCAGCGAGGCUUCUGUCACCGGCGGCAUAAAGGAGGGCUCAGAGUUCCUACUGAAGUGUCUUGACUUUAGCUUAGCUGUGACCAUCAAGGGCAUCCCGUACAUUCGACUGACCGAGGAGUACAUCGACCCCAAGUCUCACAAGUUUAUACUGCUGCUCCAAUCAGAAACCUCAGUUUAACGCAGUGGGCCAGCGCUGCUGAUCUGGACUUAUGGGACUGUUACCAUUUUUGGAGUGAAUUUUUUUAACAAUGACUUUUUGUACUGUUUUUCGUUGUUGUUGUUUUUUACCUAUGUGUAUGUAAGUUUUUCACAUAAAUAUCUCGUGUCCUCGUCUUUCUUCCGGUCAACACGAAAGCAUUAAAAGGUAGAAAACGGGGGGAGGAUGUCCUUGUUGGGUUAUUUGCAGAUCACAUUUCAGGUGUUCCUCUAGCAUGUGUGAGUCUUCACAGGGGGAGUUCAUGAUAGAAGCAGUGUGUUUGAUUUAAUGACCAGGAUAUUUGAUGAAGCCCACAACAAUUCUCACCAAAAUGUUUCUUUUUCAGUCUCAGCAAUGAUUAUUUAAAUGUCCCGUAAUGCAGAUGUAUGUACAGUAUUUAUAUGUGAAUAUUUCUUUAUCCCUUCAGACUUUUUAUAUCAAAUUUUGCAUUGCUUGAAUGAUUUUUUUUACCUUGUCAAAAUGAUUUAGCCUUGUCUGUAUUUGUGGAGAUAAAUGGACUGUAAAUAGAUGAAAGGCAUGUUCGUAAAUGUCAAAAUCACUGGAAUUUCUUUGACUGAAUGCCAACCUCAGUAAAGCUGAAUAUAGAUGGUGUAGGGAAUAGAUUGUGAGCAAACACAUGUGACUUCUUGUUAUGUAUGUAUACCGUAGUGUGUGCAGUAUACACUGAACUAUUUGUAGGCUAAUAGACAUAUACUUCCUGUUUGGACGGCUUUGACAUUUAUGUGGUUGAUCUUAUAUAUCUUGUUAUAAAAAGGACACUUUGGGCUGUUUAAUUUAAAAACGUAUCCUCCUUUUUUAUCUUAAUUCAUCAUGAGGUGUAUUUUUACAGCUUCUUCUACAUUUACAUAAUGCAUUAGACAAUGCAUAGCCCAAAUUCAUUUUACUUACAUAAGUAGUAAAAGAUUUUGGUUAAGUUUCCCAUAGUAUCUCACCAAAAUGAAUUUGCUCACUUCUCUGGCAAAUGUUUUGAACAAGUGUAAAUUACCUGAAGCCAGCGUCAGUAUUUCUGCUUCCAGUGUUUUGUUUCACUGCCACACUGCUGCCACCUUACUACAGCUACUGGAACAGCACCACUUUCUUGAGCAUUAAUCGCAUUUGUGUGAGUAUCUGUAGUUUUAAAAUCCUUUGUAUUCAUGAGUCCUGGUACGUGCUGAAAGUUAUAUCCACACAAGUGUCACCGUGGUCACCGAUGGUGCAGUUUUGUUGAGGCUUUUAGAGUUUUGAUGGUUGCGAAAAGUUCUUUAUUACACAUGUGCCUCAGUUAAAGGUAGGUUGUGCUCAGCAUACUGUACAUGUGUGGCCAAUUAUGUGUGUGUGUGUGUGUGUGUGUGUGUGUGUGUGUGUGUGUGUGUGUGUGUGUGUGUGUGUGUGUGUGCCUGAAUAAGAGAGAGAGAUCAUUGGAAAUAAAAAGGGAACAUGAGGAAGAAAAGAGGUUGCUUUUUAAAUGCUUUGUCCUCGUCUUCUUUUCACAGAAACUGUCACAUUUGUAAAAAUAAUAAAUAUUUGUAUGAACCUUUU